GAGGGCAAAGGGGGAUAAAAGGGGGGGUCAUUAUCCCCUGAGAGGGUGGAGCAAAGGGGAGGUGAAGAAGGCGGAUGAAACAUUUGAAGCUCAUAUUGACAUGCUGCUCUGGAGACUCCUGUAAGCACAGCCAUGGAUGGUGUGUUGGAAGAAGCGGCAGUGUUGUGUGUGUGCAAACUGGCCUGCAGUCUUCUCUUCCUGCCCUCACUGGCGACGUCCUCCAGCCCUGUCAGCUUCUGCUGCUGCUGUCUCCAGAUCUUCACAGACUUCCUGGUCACAGUUUUUCUGAGUUGCCUUUGCAUCUUUGAGACCUGGCUGACUGACCUGACCCCACCUGGUGAUGUCAUCGCUGUGCGCUUCCAGCUCUUUCUCAGCCACACAUACGGUUUUGUGUUGGUGUUGAUCAUACCUAUGAUCGCUGUGGAGACUCUGAUCAGACUGCUAUGGCCUCACUAUUCUGUGGCUCACAGGACGGCGGGUCCAACAGUGGGCUCUGAUCAUCAGCAUCAUUAUAAAGGGGAAGUAACAGUGGAAGAGGAAAAGGACAGCAACAACUCAGACAAAGAAAGUUUUCUGCCUCAUGGUGUCAGCUACCUCUGCUGCCUGACAGUGUGGGUUGUCAUUGCCCUCAAUGUCAGGUGGCGAUGGAAGCAGGAGGAAGUGUGGACUGCUACCUGUUUGCACACAACCAACUCCCUGAUCAGAUGUUUGCCCAACCUGUUCAGCCCCAUGCACAGUGCCAUGAACCCCUACUGGGGCAUGGCCUUAGUCUCCCUCCUCCUGUUCUUCCUGAUCACAUGCGCAGGCCUGCACAGGCAGACCCAGGCCCCAGCACAGACAGAGAGGACACACACACAGAAAAAUGGAGUUAACAAUAAUGGCAACCUCGUUCCAGUAAUGUCUGCACCCUCCAAACCUGUGCACCCUGGGAUAUUGGUGUCAGAGCCAACGCAGUCUGUUGACCCAGAGAAAACAGAGAGCAGCUGCACUGUUCACAAAGCGUAUUCCUGGAACAGCAUGCAGAUGUCGGCGCGUCACCAUGGAGACUUUGUCCUCCUCUCCCCUGAGUGUUUGUCUGCAGAGAGGAGAGGACAGGAGCACGAAAGGACAAAGAGAGGUAUACCUCUGACAUUUAUCAUGGAGGAACACAUGAACUCAAAAUGCAGGAGCCAGUGUGGGUGGCGACAGUGGGGUUUUCCCUGCCUGGGGGUGAAUGUAAUGAUAGGGUUUGUGGGUGUGCUCUCCAUCUUUGUGCUGCCUCUGAACCUCUCUGUGAACAUUCCUCUGAUCCGGACUAUAGAAAAUUUGUUGGAGCUGUGUAUCAAACCUUUAGUUUCAUUUUCAGCAAACACACGCAUCACGUCCGUCUCUCACAAUGCAACAAUUGUAUGAAACCAGACAGGUCAGAAACAAAAGGAUGAUCAGAUUAAUAUUUCAUGUAUGCAGGCAGCAGGUCUACCGGCCUGUCAACACUGGUUUGCAUAAAAUGUAAAUAAGCAUUUCUGAGCAGCUAUUCACAUGUGAAGAAUAAUAUGUGGAAACAGCUGAAAGGUGCUGAGGAGGCAGGUUGAGGCGUGCUUGCUACACAGACUGUUCUUACUGCUCAGGGCCAGGAGAUCUGCAGCAAUUUGUCUUUACACAAUGGGUUACAGACUGAGCCUCUCCAGUUUAAAGAAGACUCCAUGGUCCAACAAUGCUUUGAAAAGAUUAAUAUAAAGUGUGCUGAUGUUGAUGUGAUAAUCACAUAAACUCUGCAUUAAGAAAUGUGUAAAUAAAUAUUGAGUGACUUCAG